AUGUGUGGCAUAUUUGCCUAUGUGGUCUACGGAGUGGAGCGCUCCCGAGACGACAUCGCUGCAGUGCUGGUGAACGGGUUACGGCGCUUAGAGUACCGUGGCUACGACUCGGCUGGGAUCGCGUUGGACGAUAUUGUAAAUCCUUCAACUGGCGAGCGUAAGCCUUUGGUGAUCAAAGGACCUGGCAGCGUGGGCUGUCUGGCGGAACAAGUAGCAACGGCGUUGCGCUCGAGUCCGAACUUCAAGGUCAGGCAGCACGUGGGUCUGGCGCAUACGCGUUGGGCAACGCACGGCGCCCCCAGCGUCGAGAAUAGUCAUCCACAGGCUUCGGGACCUGAAAACGAGUUUCUCGUGGUGCAUAAUGGAAUAAUCACCAACUAUGCUGCGCUGAAGCAGGUUCUCGGGAAACGCGGCUACCAGUUUGUCUCGGAAACUGACACCGAAGUCGUUGCAGUGCUUCUGAAACACCUCUAUCUAGAGAUGAAAGCUGUGUGCGAUACAGUCUCUUUCCCAAGGCUCGUGAUGCUCAUGAUGCACGAACUGGAAGGAGCGUAUGCGUUAGCGAUUCGAUCACAGUUCUUUCCUGGCGAGCUGGUUGCGUGCAAGCGUGGUUCUCCACUCGUGCUCGGGAUCGCGUACCAUGACGGCGAACAGGUACACCUCGUCCAGCACAGCGAGCCGGCAAAAACUGAUGCUUCAAGAUCGCCAGCAUCGACACCAGGUGCAGUGGAGAGCGAAGGAACGACGCGAGCGGCGAUGUCCGCAGCAGAAACGGCGACCGCGAAUGGACGCUUUGAAUCCUCUGCUGUGGCCGCUGCCCGACAACGUGACGGACUAGAACCGGCAUCUUCAGGCAGCGUCGCCAAGAGUACUGGAGGUAGGUGCUUCCGUCGCCGGACCCCGCGUCGCCACUCGAUCGAUUUCAAAGUCGCACAAGUGAAUCUCGACUGUGAACUGCCGCACGGAUUCAGCUUCAAUACUAGUACAUCGGCACCGGACUCAGGAAUGGGCGAAAGAGCGGGGGGUGUAGAGCUCUUUUUUGCAUCAGAUGUGAGCGCACUUGUGGAACAUACCCGUGAAGUGGUUGUGCUUGAAGAUAACGAUGUCGUCCAUGCCAGCGCAGACGGAUCGGUGGAUAUCUUUUCUUUUCUAGAUGCGGAAUCGCAGUCGCUGUUGACGCAAACACGUGCGCUUUGUACACUUGAUAUAGAGUUGGAACAGAUUGAACGUGGUCGCUUCGAGCAUUUUAUGCUGAAAGAGAUCUUUGAACAGCCUGAGAGCAUCCGAGGAACAAUGCGCGGCCGCGUGCAACCCGCGACGGGAACUGUACUGCUCGGUGGCUUACGCGAACGCCUCGAUGACCUUGUUCGCAGUAACCGCUUGAUAUUUGUGGGUUGUGGAACCAGCUACCAUGCGGCACUUGCAUGUCGGCAACUUGUCGAACAGCUGACCGAACUUCCCGUCUCCGUGGAGCUGUCCAGCGAUUUUUUGGAUCGCGCUUGUCCGCUCUUUCGCUCCGACGUUUGCGUUUUCGUAAGCCAAUCCGGGGAGACGGCAGACACCCUUGAGGCACUCCGGUACGCCAAACGACGACAUGCACUAACAGUCGGUGUUGUCAACGUCGUCGGGUCUGCUAUCGCCCGCAUAACGGAUUGCGGUGUCCACCUGAAUGCGGGUUGCGAGAUUGGAGUCGCAUCCACGAAAUCGUAUACUUCGCAGAUCGUCGCUAUUAUUAUGAUCGCGCUUUUGCUGAGCGCUGAUCGUUUGAGCAAGCAAACUCGGCGAAGAGAGAUUAUUGACGGACUUGCCGCGUUGCCAACCGCAAUUGAACGGGUGCUGAUGCUGAAUGAUAAGUUGAGAAUGUUGGCUGUAGGGGUCUUGCGGGACGCGGUAUCCAUUCUAGUGUGCGGUCGUGGGUACCAGUACGCUACGUGUCUUGAGGCAGCACUCAAAAUCAAAGAGGUCAGUUAUAUUCACACCGAGGGUAUUCACGCAGGCGAACUGAAGCAUGGACCCCUGGCUCUAAUCGAUCAGGAAAUGCCAAUGAUAGUCUUUGCGACUCGCGAUAACGGCUAUGAGGCGAUCUGUAACGCGGUGCACCAGCUUCUGGCGCGUGGAAACCCACAGCGCAUGAUUGUUGUAUGCAGCGAGGGCGACGGCCAUUUCUUUCAGGGCUUAGGUGUUGGUACCACGCUUGAAGUUCCGCACACUGCAGACUGCCUCCAAGGUGUCGUGAACAUCGUUCCAAUGCAGUUGAUUGCCUAUCAUCUCGCAGUUGCGCGAGGUUUAAAUGUGGAUCAACCACGCAAUUUGGCGAAAUCGGUUACGGUGCAAUAG